GCUAGUUAUUAUAUCAACCUUAGAAUAUCACAUCUGGCCGCAUUCCCUCUCUUCCAUCCUACCGGUACAUAGCCCUAGUAGCGAAAAUAAACGCAAGGCUCUGGGGGCUGCAUUGGAUGCUAGACAAACUAACGUACUAGAUACCUCUCUGAUAUUUGUAUCCUUGGUAGCACAAGCCAAGAGUGACAGUUUAAAGCCUUAACGCCUCCAACAGAGCUCAAUUCCGUUGCUGAUACAUUUCUCCAAGCUGCAAAAUUUUAAAAUUUUACUUGAUCUGUUUGCCAAAAUGGAUCCGGACAACACUCCAGCUAGAGCGCCGCCUCCAGGACGCGAGUCCAACUUCACUAAUCCCGAAUCAAGAUGCUACGAAUUGAUAAUUCUCAUCGCCGUAUUUACUGCUCUUAUUGUCAUACUUGUGUCCUUGCGCAUAUACGCGCGAUUGAAGAUCACCCGUUCUUUCGGUGCAGAUGACUGGCUCUGUAUUGUUGCAACGAUUCUUACCCUAUCCUACUCUGCUCUGAUACUUAAACUUCUCUGGAUACCAGGAGGCGGUAUAUUAGGGAUUCAUUUCUGGGAUGUGCCGCUUUCACAUUAUGUCGGAUACCAGAAGGGUUCUUUGGCCGAUUCGGUUCUAAUCCGUAUCGACAACACCACAAUCAAGGUGGCCUUUCUAGUUUUCUAUCUUCGGUUAUUCAGCCCUGUUACUCAUGUCAGAUACAUGAUUUGGGCUGGUAUAGCUAUAGUGGUCACCUUUUGUGUUGCCUUUGUUAUCAUCGAUAUUGUGGCAUGCGCCCCAUGGCCAAGCGAACAUGGGAACUGGCUCGCCCCAUCUUUGAUAGACCGUUGCAACGAUAUUGCAGUAGAUUUAGUCACUGCCGGCGCCUAUUUCAGUGUCAUAUUUGACUUUUACAUCUUGUUUAUUCCACUACACCAAGUACCAAAACUAGGUCUUUCCAGGAAGAGAAAGAUAGGCGUGAGCCUUAUCUUCCUCACGGGCUUCUUGGCAACGUGUGCCGAGUUAGUUAACCUAAUCAUCCGCCAGAAUAAAAAGAUCUUUGACCUAUCGGAUUUCACAUGGACCAUCGUCCCCGUAUACGCCACGAGUCUCGCCGUGAUCAAUGUCGGGCUGAUUUGCCACUCGCUCCCCGUCGUGUUCGUCAUCUUUGUUGGCCGCUUCACAAACCUUAGUAAGUCCGUAAGCUCUUGGAUUAGGGAACGGCGUAGUCCCCACCAGAGUGCUGGCGAUAGUGCUUCAAAUCUCGCAGCAAAUGAUAGCGCAGCACCACAUCUUCCAUCCACUCCAGGUGAUUCAACCCUCUCAGGGAUACGUAAGUUCAUCCACGAUAUCUACCGCUCAGUGGUGCAGAACUCGGAGCAUGGCGAGACUACCCUUACGACUUAUAACGACCUAACACCAGCGGAUCUUAGCUACCACGCCCAACUGAGAAGCAUGCAAUCCAAGCAGACCCUAAAGAGUGAGAAGGUUGCCCAGGUAUGAGACCAACGAGAUCGAACCCUACAAAGAGCGAGUUCUUGCCCACUCAGACAAUAAAUCGUUUCCCCUGUGGAGUAUCCGGGGCGCUAGGAUGGCUGAUUAGGUUACGUGAUGAAAGGUAUUGGAUUAAUAGGGUUGAUGGGUAACAUUCAAUGUCCUGAUGUAAGACGGGAUGGCGGUAAACUUUUUCCUUAGUUCCAAGUAACUCAAGUCAG